AUACCGGGGUAGAUGAGCCAAGCUCACGCAUACAUUGACACACACCACAGAGUGGAGAGCGAGACGGAGAGAAGAGAGUGUGUGACUGUCACUCUUGACAGUUCACGUGGAUAAGAAAAGGAGUCUGACUGUUUACACCUCUGUUUAAUGCUCCUCUUCAGGGCAACUGUGGAAACCUCAGGGAAUUCUGGGAAUUACUGUACCGAAACCCUCAAGGAGCUUAUCAAUAUGUAGUCUCUGACAUAAUUAUUUUUAGAUUAUCUGGGAUCUGUUGGGAGAUGUUGGUGAAACGAGUACAUGCUGGAACUCUCUAGCCAUAGAGGGUGCCGGGGGAAUGGAGCCGAGGGGGAACGAUCUUUUUGAAGCGGUUUGCAGUCCGUACAAGAACUGUUCCAGUCCUUCAUGGAGUCUCACCAAGGCAAGACCCAUGGCUAAUGAACUCUUCCCCUACUCUCUGAAUAGGGCAACCAGCCUUUGAACAGAGCUACUGAAACCAGACUAUUCACACGCUACCAUAUUCAUGAGAAAGUGGAACGGAUUCGCAAAACAAACGAUUACACACCCAUUUCUGGUUCAUCUUGGAUUUACAAUUCACCAAUGAAAUGACAAAAUUGGAAUCUAAGGGUCACUACUAACAAGACGUCUGAAAGUCACCUUUCCACAGCGACGUAACUGCACAACACUGCUGAACGCACAGUUAAGGCAUCUUUGUUUCCUUGGCGGAUGUGUAUGCAUAUCAAAAAUGGCAAAUCAAUGAUCCUGGUCCAUAAAAUCUUAAUUAUGGGAAAACAGUGCAUCUGACAGAAGGCACCUUGGGAUGGAGCACGGUUAUUUAAGAUCGGAGACUGGCUACAUCUGAAAUGUUAAACGAAGUUGCUAUUUUAAAUUCAACUUUGAAUUUCUAAAGUUUUUUUGCUCUGGAUGAUCCACAUGAAUUGCUUUCUUAAUUUUCUCCCUUGUCCAGUUCUGUCACAGGCUUGUCCCAGUUUUAACUAUAGGUUUAUAAGCAGGAGAAAAUAGUCCAGCAUUAUUCAUGACCCACUCAACCUCUGGUCUGUCAGAAACCUGAGAGGUGGUUAGAUUGAAACUAGCUUCUUCAUGGUUUAACCAGGACAUGGUAGUAGGCCAAGAGUUACGUUGAGUUUGAGAAAACAGAAGAGGUUUUGAGGACUUGGAGGUGAGAAUUCUCUGCUGGAUUACAAGGAUUACAAGGCACAAAACACAUCCUUCCAAAGCCAUGCUUGGGUUUGACAGUCAUCUUGGAUUGUUCCCAGACUGUUCUGGGCCAACCACAGACUACAGAGACUGAGAGAGCCAGAGCUCAGGUCUGGGGAUAAUGCAUAAGCCUAUCCCUUCAGCACAGGAAGAAAAAGGCACCAUGAGCAACGUCACAGUCCUGGACAUCACCGAGUCCGCAAGCCCCGCCAUGACGGCGUCCGAGCCGCACCCGUACCCCCUAAGCUUCCAGGUCUCACUGACCGGCUUCCUCAUGCUGGAGAUCGUGCUGGGCUUGAGCAGCAAUCUGACCGUGCUCGCCCUCUACUGCAUGAAGUCCAACUUGGUCAGCUCGGUCAGCAACAUCGUCACCAUGAACCUGCACGUGCUGGAUGUGCUGGUGUGCGUGUGCUGCAUCCCGCUCACCAUCGUUGUGCUCCUGCUCUCACUGCAGGGCGACACCGUGCUGGUCUGCUGUUUUCACGAGGCCUGCGUGUCCUUCGCCAGUGUGGCCACCGCAGCCAACGUGCUGGCCAUCACACUGGACCGCUAUGACAUUUCUGUCAAGCCGGCCAACCGUGUGUUGACCAUGGGCCGGGCAGUGGCCCUGCUGGGGGGCAUCUGGGUACUCUCCUUCCUCAGCUUUCUGGUGCCCUUCAUCGAGGUGGGUUUCUUAGGACCCGAGGCAACCAAAGCCAACCAGACCGUCGUGGUGCACGUCAACGAGUACUACACCGAGCUGGGCCUCUACUACCACCUGGUGGCGCAGAUCCCCAUCUUCUGCUUCACCGCCGUGGUCAUGCUGGUCACCUAUUCCAAGAUCCUGCAGGCCCUCAACAUCCGGAUCGGCACGCGCUUCCAUGCCUCACAGAAGAAGAAGAAGAAGAAGACACGGUGGAAGAAGAACAUCUCACUGAUGUCCUCCUCACAGCAGCAGCUGCCCGAGGUCACGGACGGCUCCCAGAGCAGCGGGGGGCAGCGGGGGGUCGGCGGGGGCGCCACGCUGGGCAUGCGCACCUCCGUCUCGGUGAUCAUCGCCUUGCGGCGCGCUGUCAAGCGGCACCGCGAGCGGCGAGAGCGCCAGAAGCGCGUCUUCCGCAUGUCCCUGCUCAUCAUCUCUACGUUUCUGCUGUGUUGGACACCCAUAACCGUGCUCAACAGCGUUAUCCUCAGCACGGGUCCCAGUGACCUCACCGUCAAGCUGCGCCUGGGCCUCCUGGUCAUGGCCUAUGGGACGACGGUCUUCCAUCCGCUGCUCUACGCCUUCACACGGCAGAAGUUCCAGAAAGUUCUAAAGAGCAAGAUGAAGAAGCGGGUGGUGUCUAUUAUUGAGGCGGACCCGCUGCCCACCAAUUCGGUCAUAAAGAACUCAUGGAUUGAUCCAAAGAGAAAUAAAAAAGUGACCUUUGAGGAUCACGAGGCCAGACAAAAGUGUUUGUCCUCGGAAGAUGUUGACUAAUGAGUUAAUCUUGCAGUCGCAAGAUUGUAUCUUCAAAUCUGCUAUUUGGUCACAGAGGGAAAAGACUGAAUUAAGGGUGUGAUUUAGACAAAAGUAUAUUAGAUGUGCACAUAUUGUUCAGUAUCAGUUUAUUACUAUUUAUAUGAACAUCAGAUUUAGUACAAUAGGAUGACAUUCACUGUGCUGUAGAAAACAAAACAAACAUAAAAAGACACCCUGCAUGUUUUUGUAACACUGUAAAUAUGUCAUUAUUCCAGAUGUACAUAUACUCUAUAUGAAACUGUAUGUGCUGAUAUAGAAUCCAUAGUCAAUAGUAUAUAUAAAUGUAUUUGUAAUAAAUUAGGGAAAAAUGUCUCUGGAGCUCAACACACAUAAAUUUGCUCAUCUGUCCACCACCUUGCCGCGCCCCACCCCACCCUAAGUCAAGCGCUCAGCAUGUUAUGGGAUUACAAUAUUCAUAAUGAUACAGUGUACAAAGCUUGAAGAUGAGCAGACUGGCAUGAAGCCUAUCGGCCUCUGUGAGCAAAAACUAAACCGCAAAAUGCUAGUCACCUCUUGCUCCACAGGGUUAUCCAUUGUGCUCACUACUUGAUUCAAAAACAUUAUGGUAUUCAUUAUGUAAACUUGUGAUUCCUUUUUGCUGAUGAAGGGUAUCUGAGUCCAGUAAAAUGUCUUAAUUUAGGCUAACCCCCCAAAUCAAUAUAACAGUAAGACAUGCGACAUUGGCUUGUCCUGUGUUUGCUCUAAGGGACAUUGUUGUUGCAUCAAUCAGGAAAUAUCAAUGCUUGCACAGGGGACAGAGGCCUACGCCUGGUGGCGCGGUCCAAACAACAGCAGCGUUAAUUACAGGAAAGAAAAAAGCAAUAAUCAAUACAAUCCUGACUGUCAACAUCAGCUCUGUACAAGAUUCUGCCCUGUCAUUUUAGCACAAACAAACAGGGACAGCGAGACAAAUGAGGGGGUCCCUUUGCACUGCCGCAGGAGGGCCCAUUUCCUAUUUGGAGCGCAGCUGUUUUACGUGCUGGCGCUGCACACCCAAUAAAAUGCCUGAGCUCCUCAUCUGCUCAAGGUCAUUCCUAUUUUGACAGCACUUGGAAAAAAUAAUAAUAAGAUGCAAUCUGCCCAGCAGGGCCUGGGUUGACUUUCAUAAUGUUUUGUUUUCCAGAGCAAUCAAAAAGGUCAUUAGCACAUGAAGUCAGCACCCUACCUAUUGUUUACUGAGAUUAGUACUAAAAUGUCAGACUCAGCUGCCAUAUUUAGCUUAAGAGGGGAAGGAUCCAAAGAGAUUAAACAUAUUUUGUUGUGCUUGGUUUGCAAAGGCAAGCAUGCAUGUAUAAAACAGAACGAUAAAGAAAUACAGAGAGAGGGAAUAUGAUUGU